GCAGAGCUUGCAUCACAUCCGCCGCCUGGCCUCCCAAUUCCGGAAGGUGCAGCACAGUUGUGGCGGCGGGUACUGCGUUAGUGAUUAGGGUUUCUUCCCUGCCGGAGGUGGGAUACGCGGUAGCAUCAUGGUCGAGGAGGUACAGAAACAUUCUGUACACACACUUGUGUUCAGGUCAUUGAAGAGGACCCAUGACAUGUUUGUAGCUGAUAAUGGAAAACCUGUGCCUUUAGAUGAAGAGAGUCACAAACGGAAGAUGGCAAUCAAGCUUCGUAAUGAGUAUGGUCCUGUGUUGCAUAUGCCUACUUCGAAAGAAAAUCUUAAAGAGAAGGGUCCUCAGAAUGCAACGGAUUCAUAUGUUCAUAAACAGUACCCUGCCAAUCAAGGACAAGAAGUUGAAUACUUUGUGGCAGGCACACAUCCAUACCCACCGGGACCUGGGGUUGCUUUGACAGCAGAUACUAAGAUCCAGAGAAUGCCAAGUGAAUCAGCUGCACAGUCCUUAGCAGUGGCAUUACCUUCUCAGACCAAGACUGAUGUAAAUCGUACUGCACCUAGUGGAAGUGAAUACCGACAUCCUGGGGCUUCUGACCGUCCACAGCCUACAGCGAUGAAUUCAAUUGUCAUGGAGACCGGCAAUACCAAGAACUCUGCACUGAUGGCUAAAAAAGCCCCUACAAUGCCAAAACCCCAGUGGCACCCACCGUGGAAACUCUACAGGGUGAGUGACUCUGCAUUUAUUUUAUUAUAUUCCAUUUAUAUAACAAGAAGGUUAACCUGUCAUCUAAUUGCAAAUAUUUUUCCAAUCUGGGACUUGGCUAGUGGCAAAUUAAAACUGUCAUUGACUGGGCAUAUUAGUACUGUGCGGGGCGUGAUAGUAAGCACGAGGAGCCCAUACCUGUUCUCUUGUGGAGAAGACAAACAAGUAAAAUGCUGGGAUCUUGAAUACAAUAAGGUUAUAAGGCAUUAUCAUGGACAUUUAAGUGCAGUGUAUGGUUUGGAUUUGCACCCAACAAUCGAUGUGUUGGUAACCUGUAGUCGAGAUUCAACUGCACGGAUUUGGGAUGUGAGAACUAAAGCCAGUGUACACACGUUAUCUGGACAUACAAAUGCAGUUGCUACAGUGAGAUGUCAGGCUGCAGAACCACAAAUUAUUACAGGAAGCCAUGAUACUACAAUUCGAUUAUGGGAUCUGGUGGCUGGAAAAACAAGAGUGACGUUAACAAAUCACAAAAAAUCAGUUAGGGCUGUGGUUUUACAUCCAAGACAUUACACAUUUGCAUCUGGUUCUCCAGAUAACAUAAAGCAGUGGAAAUUCCCUGAUGGAAGUUUCAUUCAAAAUCUUUCCGGUCAUAAUGCUAUUAUUAACACAUUGACAGUAAAUUCUGAUGGAGUACUUGUAUCUGGAGCUGACAAUGGCACCAUGCAUCUUUGGGACUGGAGAACUGGCUACAAUUUUCAGAGAGUUCAUGCAGCUGUGCAACCUGGGUCUUUGGACAGUGAAUCAGGAAUAUUUGCUUGUGCUUUUGAUCAGUCUGAAAGUCGAUUACUAACAGCUGAAGCUGAUAAAACCAUUAAAGUAUACAGAGAGGAUGACACAGCCACAGAAGAAACUCAUCCAGUCAGCUGGAAACCAGAAAUUAUCAAGAGAAAGAGAUUUUAAUGAAUGUGGAAUUUUCUUUUUUUUUUUUUUUUUUAAAAAAAAAAAAGCUUGGCGUUGAUGAGGAUACCCAGUCAUUUUGUGCUCUGGCUGGGAAUAUAAAGGAGAAAUUCACUUGCUUCAAUCAUUGCUGCUUCAUAUUUUACAAUAAACUGUCCCCUGUCCCCUACCCUUGUGUUUUUAUUUCUAAAACAAUUUGUGAUACUAGGAAGAUGCAGAUAUCAAGUAAAUGCAGGUUUAUUGACUGUAACUAUUCUAGAUGUAAUAUUUUGACAGUCUUAUUAGAACAACCCCCUUUUUUAAAAAAAUGUAUGAAACCGAUUAUUAUAAUAGGACAUUUGAGGGAGCAGUAAGUUUUUUUUUUUAAUCCUUUAAAAAUUAAUAUCUGUGACUAAUAAUUUGAGAUUAAAAGACUUGAAGUCUUAACAUAUAUGUUUAUUCCAAAAACCGUUUUUGAGUGUAUGUUCUACAAAGUUCUGCACUAGAUACUGUUCAGGAAAUAGACAAGUAAGAUGUGUCUAUCCUCUAAGACUUCCAGUUUGGUAGCUUAGUAUAGAAAUUCUGUAAUGGAGGUGCAGGUGAAAUGCUGGGGGAACAGAAGUGGGGAUAAGAUCAUUUAUUUUUCUCAGGAAGGAUUGUGGAAGACUUCAUAGAGUAAGUGGCAUUGGAGAUGACUUUGAGGUGAAGGAGGACAAAGAAGGAAAAGAGAUAAGGCAUGAAGCGAUGAAACCAGGCAGAAGAAAGUGUGCAGUGUGUCCUGGGACAAAGAAUUUUCUGCUACUGUUGAAUAAUGGAGAGUAAAGCUGGCUUGUUGUGAGGAAAGCUCAUAUAAAUUUGGAUUUUAUUCCACAACUAGUAGGAUACCAAUACUGCCAUUGAAACUUCGGGAAAAUAACUGGAGAUACCAGUGCAGCUGUUUAAAACUGUAGCAAGGGCUGCCAUCUUGUAGAGAUUUUAAAGAGAAGUUUUAAAGUUUCUAAUACUGGUGCCUCUUUUUGAUAAAUACAAGUUUUAUAAAUCUUGCCCUGGGAUCCUGAUUCCCCUUUAGUCAAGAAGAUUUGUCAGACUUCACCUUCUAUAAUGAGAAAACACAGUUAUAAGAACAGUCAGUUUUUAUAAUUUUCCAAAUUAAAAAAUUGCACUAUGAUGUUGAAUAAGCAUUUCCAAUUACAUUACCCAUCUUGCAUGCUAUAGGUGGGAGUAUAAUUGGCACAACCUUUAGGAAUGUAGUUUUCUGGGGUUUAUUGAAACUGUUUGAACCUUUUGGCCUACUAAGUUCAUUUCUAGGAAACUGCCUAAUGGGAAUAAUCUGACAAGUGUACACAAGCAAAUUCAUUGCACCUUUGUUCUUUAAUGCUUAAAACCCAAAUGUCCUGUCAAUAGGGAUGGUUUAAUAGAUGGUACCUUUAUGCAAUUUGUUUCUAAGUAUUCAUUAAGUGAGUGAGGAAUGUCUGGAUUAUUAGGGCAAAAUUUCCAAACUUUACUCUUUAGUUAAAAAAAGUUGUGCAAGCAUUUUUUGUGAACAACUUGAUGCUCCAAAAUAUAACACCACAUUACUAACGGUGGCUUUGUUAGGAAGCAGAAUUAUGGAAGAACUUUCACGACUGGCUUUACAUAUUUCUAUGUUUUAAUUUUCUAUAAGCAUGUAUUUCAUAAACUUAAAUAAAGAAAAAAGAACGCU